AUGUCUGUAACCAGCGGGAAGACAAGACCAUCCCUGACCCAGGAGAUCCUCAGCCACCUGGGCCUGGCCAACAAGACUGCAGCUUGGGGAACCCUGGGCACCCUCAGGAUCUUCUUGAGCUUCAGCUUGGACAAAGACGUGCAAAGGCUGCUGAGGGCCAUUGCAGGCCAAGGUGUGGACCACAGUGCCAUCGUGGGUGUACUGACCAACAGGAACAGAGAGCAAAGGCAGCUCAUCUCUCGAGCCUUCCAGGAGCGCACCCAACAGAGCUCUGGUUCUCCUGAGGAUGUGGCUGUGGAAAUUCUUGCCACCCGAAGCCCAGCCCAGCUGCAGGAGUGCCUGAUGGUCUACAAACAUAAUUUCCAGGUGGAGGCUGAGAAGGACAUCAAAUCUGAGACCAGCGGCAUCUUGCAGGAACUGCUCCUGGCCCUGGCCAAGGGGGGUCGCGAGAGCUACUCUGGAAUCAUCGACUAUAACCUGGUGGAACAGGAUGUCCAGGCAUUAAAGCAGGCUGAAGGGCCCAGCACAGAGGGCACAUGGGUCCUAAUCUUCACCCAGCGAAAUCCUGAACACCUCGUCCGAGUGUUCGAUCAGUACCAGCGGUGUACUGGCCACGAGCUAGAGAAGACCGUCCACCACCUCUUCCACGGAGAUGCUCAGGCGGCCCUGCUCAGCCUAGUCUCGGUGAUCAGGAACACACCGCUGUACUUUGCCGAUAAACUUCAUCAAGCCCUCCAGAACCUCAAGCCCAAUUACCAAGUCCUAAUGCGUAUCCUUAUCUCUUGAAGUGAGACUGACCUUCUAAGCAUCAGAGCUGAGUUCAAAAAGAAAUUUGGCAAGUCCCUCUACUCUUCUCUCCAGGAAGCAGUGAAAGGGGACUGCCGGUCAGCCCUACUAGCCCUGUGCAGGGCCAAAGACCUCUGAGGCCUCCCUGGGCUCCUGCCCUCCCUAC